GCGCUAAGCUACCCCGCCAAGAGCAGCACUGCCUAACCCCCCUCCAUCCCACCUCCGGCUCCUGGCAUCACAGUUACUGGAGUCUCAGCUUACCAGAGGGGAGGGCAGGCAGUCUCCUUCUGUUAUGUGACCGUGGCAGCGAGGGCGCUUUGUGUCCUUCAUAGACGAAAGACAAAGUCCUUGUUAUCUGGCUGGGGCAUUCUAGAGGUUGAAAAAAAAUGAACCGUCCCCAUUCCUGCAUUUCCUUUUGCUGGAUAUAUUUCGCUGCUUCUGGACUCAGAGCUGUAGAAACAGCAGAUGGAAAAUACGCUCAGAAAUUGUUUAACGAUCUCUUUGAAGAUUACUCCAAUGCCCUGCGUCCAGUAGAAGAUACGGACACAGUCCUGAAUGUCACACUGCAGAUCACACUUUCUCAGAUCAAGGAUAUGGAUGAGAGGAAUCAGGUUCUGACAGCCUACCUGUGGAUCCGUCAAACCUGGCACGACGCAUAUCUGACAUGGGAUCGAGACCAGUAUGAUGGACUGGACUCCAUCAGGAUCCCCAGCGACCUGGUGUGGAGGCCAGACAUUGUCCUGUACAACAAGGCUGACGAUGAGUCCUCAGAACCCGUGAACACCAACGUGGUCCUGCGGUAUGACGGGCUUAUCACCUGGGACUCACCAGCCAUCACCAAAAGCUCCUGUGUGGUCGAUGUCACCUAUUUCCCCUUCGACAACCAGCAGUGCAAUCUGACCUUCGGCUCCUGGACAUACAAUGGCAACCAGGUGGACAUAUUCAAUGCCCUGGACAGCGGCGAUCUCUCGGACUUCAUUGAAGAUGUGGAAUGGGAGGUCCACGGCAUGCCUGCUGUGAAGAAUGUCAUCUCCUAUGGCUGCUGCUCAGAGCCAUACCCAGAUGUGACCUUCACACUCCUUCUGAAGAGGAGGUCCUCCUUCUACAUCGUCAACCUCCUCAUCCCUUGUGUCCUCAUCUCGUUCCUGGCUCCUCUGAGCUUUUAUCUCCCAGCGGCCUCUGGGGAGAAGGUCUCUCUGGGAGUGACCAUCCUGCUGGCUAUGACUGUAUUUCAGCUAAUGGUGGCGGAGAUCAUGCCAGCCUCAGAAAACGUGCCUCUGAUAGGUAAAUACUACAUAGCCACCAUGGCCCUGAUCACGGCCUCCACAGCCCUUACCAUCAUGGUGAUGAAUAUCCACUUCUGCGGGGCUGAGGCUCGGCCAGUGCCACACUGGGCUAAGGUGGUGAUCCUGAAAUACAUGUCCAGGGUCUUGUUUGUCUACGAUGUGGGUGAGAGCUGCCUCGGCCCCCGCCACAGCCAGGAGCCAGAACAAAUCAUCAAGGUGUAUAGCACACUCCCAGGGUCCAACCUGAAAACAUCCAGAAACAAAGACCUUUCCAGAAAGAAGGAAAGGAGCAAACUCUUAAAGAAUGACCUGGGGUGCCAGGGUGGGACGCCCCAGGACACUGAUAGUUCCUGCGCACGCUAUGAAGGACUGACGAGAAAUAUCGAGUACAUCGCCAAGUGUCUCAAAGACCACAGGGCCACCAACUCCAAGGGCAGUGAAUGGAAGAAGGUCGCCAGAGUCAUAGACCGGUUUUUCAUGUGGAUUUUUUUUGCUAUGGUGUCUGUCAUGACCAUCUUGAUCAUAGCAAGGGCAGAUUAGGAGAGAAAAAAGGAGCAGGUCCAUUGGCACUAGAUCUUUGGGAACAAUCAAUAAAAUUCCCCCGUGACCUGUUCCAAUGUUUGAGUCCGGUUGCUGUUCAUAUAUAAUUUAGGAAUAUGUUGUGUAUGCCUUUAUUUUUAACUUCAGUCAAUAUCCUAGCUCUGUGUCAGGUUAAAUUAGGCAGGAGAGCCAAGCUCUCAAGGGUAAGAAGAAGGAAAUGGAGACAG